AUGGGUAAGGAGGACAAGACUCACAUCAACGUGGUCGUUAUCGUACGUAUCAUCCUGGGUGCGUAUUCCAUCAAUCAUCUUGAAAGAGAUCGAUCGAACACAGUACUGACUUGCUACAACAGCCACGUCGACUCCGGAAAGUCGACCACCACCGGUCACUUGAUCUACCAGUGCGGUGGUAUCGACCGUCGUACCAUCGAGAAGUUCGAGAAGGAAGCCGCCGAACUCGGCAAGGGUUCCUUCAAGUACGCUUGGGUUCUUGACAAGCUCAAGGCCGAGCGUGAGCGUGGUAUCACCAUCGACAUUGCUCUGUGGAAGUUCGAGACUCCCAAGUACUAUGUCACCGUCAUUGACGCUCCCGGCCACCGUGAUUUCAUCAAGAACAUGAUCACUGGUACUUCCCAGGCUGACUGCGCCAUUCUCAUCAUUGCCGCCGGUACUGGUGAGUUCGAGGCUGGUAUCUCCAAGGAUGGCCAGACUCGUGAGCACGCUCUGCUCGCCUACACCCUGGGUGUCAAGCAGCUUAUCGUUGCCAUCAACAAGAUGGACACUGCCAACUGGGCCGAGGCUCGUUACCAGGAAAUCAUCAAGGAGACUUCCAACUUCAUCAAGAAGGUCGGCUUCAACCCCAAGGCUGUUGCUUUCGUCCCCAUCUCCGGUUUCAACGGUGACAACAUGCUCCAGCCCUCCACCAACUGCCCCUGGUACAAGGGUUGGGAGAAGGAGACCAAGGCUGGCAAGUUCACCGGCAAGACCCUCCUUGAGGCCAUCGACUCCAUCGAGCCCCCCAAGCGUCCCACGGACAAGCCCCUCCGUCUUCCCCUCCAGGAUGUCUACAAGAUCGGUGGUAUCGGAACAGUUCCCGUCGGCCGUAUCGAGACUGGUGUCCUCAAGCCCGGUAUGGUCGUCACCUUCGCUCCCUCCAACGUCACCACUGAAGUCAAGUCCGUCGAGAUGCACCACGAGCAGCUCACCGAGGGUGUUCCCGGUGACAACGUUGGUUUCAACGUCAAGAACGUUUCCGUUAAGGAAAUUCGCCGUGGUAACGUUGCCGGUGACUCCAAGAACGACCCCCCCAUGGGUGCCGCUUCUUUCACCGCUCAGGUCAUCGUCAUGAACCACCCUGGCCAGGUCGGUGCCGGCUACGCCCCCGUUCUUGACUGCCACACUGCCCACAUUGCCUGCAAGUUCGCCGAGCUCCAGGAGAAGAUCGACCGCCGUACCGGUAAGGCUACCGAGACUGCCCCCAAGUUCAUCAAGUCCGGUGACUCUGCCAUCGUCAAGAUGAUUCCCUCCAAGCCCAUGUGCGUUGAGGCUUUCACCGACUACCCUCCCCUGGGUCGUUUCGCCGUCCGUGACAUGCGACAGACCGUCGCUGUCGGUGUCAUCAAGGCCGUCGACAAGUCCGCUGCCACCGCUGGCAAGGUCACCAAGUCCGCUGCCAAGGCCACCAAGAAAUAA